AUUUCUGGUAUAAACAACGGGGCCGGUUGUAACCGUCAGUUCGUGUUUGUGAUUAUAACUGAUUUAUAGUGAGUUUUUAUUAAACGAAAAUGUCAGAAGUCGACACAGUAAGCGCUAAUAAUGCUGCGAACGAUGAGAACAAUCAGCAUGGUAAAAGUAAACAGAAAAGAGCCCCGAGGAUAUCGACGAUAGAUCGGGCUAGAGAAGAAAGUGAAGCUAUUACAAAGGGUCUUGGCCCUACGAUUGAGGGUCGCCGUCGUACAAGAUCCGCUGCGAAAGGUGUAACAACUCCAGCUACACCUCCUCCACCAGUUAAAAAAGAGAAGAAAACGCCCUCCACUAAUUCUAAACCUGUAAGAGGAGGAAAAAGUAAAUAUUCCUCAGCUCGUGGGCGUCCCAAAAGGAAUAUAUCAGAGGAAGCUGAUUCUCAUGAUGAAUCUAAAGAUGAAUCAAAUGAAACUGGAGAUAAUAAAAAAGAUGAUGAAAUGAAAGAUAGUAGCGAUAAAGAAGAAACAGGGAAUAAUAAUGCUGAUACAACUAAAGUUGAGUCUGAAUCUAAAGCAACAGAAAAUGGAGCAAAAGAAGAUAGUACAGAUGCAACUUCGUCAGAACAAAAGAGUGAUGAUGAAAUAAAUAAAGAUGAGGAAAAUUCUAAAGAGGCUGCCCCAUCAACGGAAGAGGCAACAACAGAUGCUGAUGAGGAAAAGCCUUCCUCAGAGUAAAAAUGUUGUGUGAUGAUGGACGUAAUAUCUUUUUACUGUAGGUUAGCUUAUAUAAGUAAUGUUUCCGUGGUGUAAUUUUACCAAUUUUGACAACAAUUUAAAAUUAAAAAUACUAUGUAUCACAAAUAUACAAAAAAAAGAAUUUUUUUGUCUUAAGUUGAAUAAAUUUUUCUGUUGGUAUCAAUUUUUAAGUUAAACUCUUAAUAGAAUAGAUUUAUGAAAUGUAUAUCUCGUCCAAAUGGUAAAAGUACAUUAUCAAAAUACACAGUCAUUUCAUGUACACUGAAUGAAAGGAAAUGAUUUUUUUUAAAUAAUUUUAUUAUUUACUACUAAUUGAAAUGAUUUAGAUUUAGACUAGAUAGAGAGCAAAUUGGUGGUGAAUUAAUAUUUUUAUUAAACAACAUUGAUUGAGUAACCUACAGUUUUUGUCUUCAACUUUCGUUAAACUAUUAUGAUUAAUGACAAAAAUAAUUAAAGUAAAGAUGUUUAUGUUUCCGAUUUGUUACUAAUGUUAUCAAAAAAAAAA